CCUGAUAACACUUUGACACAUUUAGAAGCAUCUGAGAUUCCCGGGGUUGAACUAUAUGGAGGAAAACAGAAGAAAUGCUUCGGUGACGACAAACGGAUCAGUUUCGCGCAUUUUAUCCCUCGACAGUAAUAACGUUGAAAUUUUAGAGGAUGGAAAAACCAUCAAUGAUGUCAUAGACGGCAAGAUUAAAGAGCUAAGCGCCGUGGACAAUGAGGAGCCGUUCUACGUGCUGAGUCUUGACAGCAUGUUGAAGAGGCACCUCAGGUGGCUCACCAACUUGCCUCGAGUCAAGCCUUUCUAUGCCAUGAAGUGCAACAACACUCCGACGGUUGUCAGGAUGCUGAUGGCUCUGGGAACUGGGUUUGACUGUGCCAGCAAGGCUGAGAUCCAGCUGGCCCUGUCUCUCGGAGUGACGCCCGACAAGAUCAUUUACGCGCACACCACCAAACCGAUGUCCCACAUCAGAUACGCCUGCAAUCACAGAGUAGACGUGAUGACUUUUGAUAGCGAGGGCGAGCUGCUGAAAAUCUCUCUGUGCCACCCCCAAGCCAAGUUGGUUCUACGCAUCGCAGUGGACGACUCCAAAUCGCUGGUGAGACUCAGCUCCAAGUUCGGCGCCAGGAUGUCCUCCGUCGGGAAGCUGCUGGAACAGGCUGGAGAGCUGGGCCUGGAGGUCAUCGGGGUCAGCUUCCACGUGGGCAGCGGGUGCACCGGGAGCUUGGCCUACAAGCAGGCCAUAGCAGACGCCCGAUAUGUCUUCGACGUGGCCAGUUUGCUGGGAUUCCAGAUGAGACUCCUGGACAUCGGCGGUGGAUUCUCUGGGAUCGGCGACUUCCAAGAAAAAUUUGAAGAGUUUUCCGAAGUCAUUAAUGCAGCGCUGGAUAAAUACUUCCCUCCUGGCAGCGGGGUGGAGGUCAUCGCAGAGCCAGGCCGAUACUACGUGGAAUCGGCCUUCACGCUGGCGGUGAACGUCGUGGCCAAGAGAGUUGUGGCCGAUGAAGUGGACGAACAAAACAAUGCUGAGAGAAACAGCCCAGACAAAGCCAUGAUGUACUACAUCAAUGAUGGAGUCUACGGCUCGAUGAGCUGCAUCACCUUCGAUCCUGCUCACAGCAAGCUGGAGCCGUACCUUCACAGGGCUGUCGACAGCAGCGAGCCCACGUACCCGUCCGUUAUCUGGGGUCCGACCUGCGACAGCAUCGACAAAGUCACUGAGAACUACUGGAUGCCUGAGCUGCAUGUGGGGGAAUGGCUUCUCAUCGACAACAUGGGCGCCUACUCCGUCAGCGUGUCCACUGACUUCAACAGCUUCGAACGAGCGCGCAUUUACCCCGUCGUGACGGCUAAAACAUGGCAGGCCCUAAACCUGUCCCGCACCUACAGCAUCAUCCACUGACACCCGCCUGAUAGUCAGACAUUUAACUUCUUUCUUGGGCUGGUUGGUUACCUUCUGCAACUCAUUCACUGAAGAAUUACAUUAGUCAUGACAGUUUGUAGGAUACACAAAGGAAAACAAAAAGUAGUCGAAUUUUGGGCAAAAUCUAUUUAAUACCUACAUUUAG